GAACACCUACUGCUUUCCUCACAGCCUGCGCUGGAUCGUGUCCCAGAUGUACAAGACUUUGUCAUGCGUAGAGCGUCUUGAGGUGGGAGAGGUGCGCACCAUGUGUACAGAUCUGCUGCUGACCUGCUUCAUUUGUCCAGCUAUAGUUAACCCAGAGCAGUAUGGCAUUAUCUCAGACGCACCGAUCAAUGAAGUGGCUCGCUUCAAUUUAAUGCAGGUGGGGCAACUUUUGCAGCAGUUGGCAAUGGCCGACGAUGAUGCAGACCCAAGGCGGAAAAGCAGUUUGUCCAAGUUUGAUAAGAGUUGUGUUGCUGCUUUUCUGGAUGUGGUGAUUGGAGGAAGAGCAGUUGAAACCCCACCCAUGUCCUCAAUGAAUCUUCUAGAAGGCCUCAGUAGGACUGCAGUCUAUGUUACUCAUAAUCAGCUGCUUUCUCUG